AAAUGUAUAUCUAUUUCAUUUUAAUUAAAUAGGAAAAAAGUGCAGCUAUAAAAAAACACGAAUCUAUUCUUCAGUCUUUGCUUGCGCUUCUGCUUUUAUUUAUCUCAUUUGUAUUUUGAUAAUCUGUCCUUUUGCAUCUUAUUGCAGAUUUCAUGCAGCAUGUUUUCCAUAACUUUAGUAAAUAUUGAUAGUUACCAAGCAUCUCCGAUACCAGAACUUGAUGUGACAUUCUCUGAAUUUCGUGGUUCGGAGAUAAAAAAGGUACCUAUAAUUAGGAUAUUCGGAUCAACUGUCACCGGUAAAAAGACAUGUCUGCAUAUUCAUGGUGUCUUUCCAUAUAUGUAUGUACCAUGCACUAUUCAAGAGAAUACAGAUAGUUAUGCUUAUCAACUGGCUGCAUCAAUUGAUUCUGCUUUGAAUACAUCUUUUGGUUCUACAUUAUCCACCAAUCAACAUGUCUACAAAAUCCAACAAGUAUCAGGAAUACCUUUCUAUGGUUAUCACGAGAAAGAGCAUUUAUUUUUUAAGAUAUAUUUUUAUAAUCCAGCUAUAAUUAAAAGAACAGCAGAUUUGUUGCAGAAUGGUGUUAUUCUCAAUCAAACUUUACAGCCAUAUGAAGCACAUAUUCCCUAUAUUCUACAAUUUAUGAUAGAUUACAAUCUCUAUGGCAUGAAUUUAAUAAAUUUGAACAACAUAAAAUACAGAUGCUCUUUGCAAGGAUGUACAACAGAAAACAGUCAAAACAAAUCUUCAAUGGAUUUGAUAAACUCACAAAUGUAUCUUCCAACAUCUAUAACAAGACAAAGUACGUGCGAAUUGGAAGUAGAUGCGCAUGUUUCAGAUAUUCUAAAUAGACAAAAUGUCACUGAAAAAUUGGAACUGAAUCCUGGUCUUGCUGCAAUCUGGAAUGAGGAGAAAACAAGGAGGACUGCAGCUGGUUUAGAAAAUGCAAAAUCACAAUUAUUAUAUCCUAAAACUCCUAGUAAAGUUAUCCUGCCUCCAACAAACAAUGAUAUUUAUCAAAAGAGUCAAUUAUUGAGAAGACUGAAUGCUAUAUCACAAACUAAUGAAACAGUUAUUUCAAAUACAACUGUAUUUUCAUAUCCUAUCGAAAUAGAAGAUAAUGAAAAUGUCUUAAAUGCAUCUUGUAUUAUAAAUCACAAUGAAUCUUUUGCAUGUGAAGAGAAUAUUGAAAGAACACUUUCUGAUAAUUUUAAAUUUUUGCAAGUAGCCUCAUCAGCAUUUUUAGAAGCAAAUCGAAGUCAAAGUAAUGUAACAGAUACAAGUAUUUUGGAUGCAGAUGAUAUACAAUUAGUAGAAAUGUUGGCUGACUUAGCGGAAGAAAAUGAGAUUAAGAUUAAUGUAGAUGAUGAUAGCGUUCUCGGAUCCCAAUAUUCUAUAUCUAACGGACCAGUUAAAAAUGAUCCAGAGGAAGAGGAGAUUGAGGAUUUAAAUAUUACAAGUUUAGACUUAGAUGAUUUAAGUUCUUGGGAAUCGAUGCAUAAACGAUCCAAUCAGCAUGGCAAUGUGGGAGAAAUUAUAAAUGAUAAACAGAAUACGGAAUCGGUGGAUGAUUUAAAUGUUAAUGAAGAAAGUGACAUAAAUGUUACACAAACGAAUUUUCCCCAACUUGAUGGAAUUUAUGAUUUAUGUGGAAAUAUGUUAGAUUAUGAAAGAGAGACUGUAAAUGAUUUAAGUAAUAUAAGGAUGAUAUUUAAAAGCGAUACAGCAGCAUGUACUAUAGGUCAAUGCCUUUCUGAAAAUAAUAAAUAUUUUACAGCUGUUAAUACAAGAAAAAAUUAUGCAAUGUGUAAUUCAUACAGAAAUUUAUAUCUAGUGGACAUUAUCGAGUAUAUUGCAAAUAAUCCCGACAGAUAUCAUCUAAAAAAAAAAUUAUACAACUUUUUAAAUAGAUAUUGUUUUCAUAUAUUUGUGAAAACUAGCAAGAAUUUGCAAAACUCACAAAUUGACAGUAUUGUUGUAAGAAAAAUGUAUUAUUUAGAAAAUAUUAAAAGAAGAAUUGUACAUAAUAAGAAGAUAGAGAAAGAAUUAUGUGUUACUCGAUAUCAAUUACAGUCAGACCAUCGAGAUUUAGAUGUUUAUGAUAUAGAUGAAAUAGGAACAUAUGAAUGUUUAGAACACAUCAACCAAUAUUAUAUAGCAGAUUACGAAAAAGAUAAAUGCAAUUAUAAGCAAGAUUCAAAAUCAUGUAUUCAACAAAACAUUUUUUUGAAUAUCAACCAUAGACCAUCCAAUUUUCCAAUGAAAUUUAUAAUAUCUAGUGUUGAUGGAGCCACAGCUACUGACUCGAGCGAUUCUGAACCCGAAGCUGAUAUUACAAUCGAUAGACAAGAGGAAUGUAUAUGCGUUUAUAAAUCUGGAAAGACGAAUGUACCACAAAACAUAGUUCAGAUUACUCCGAAAAAAAGAAAGCUCGAUUUCAAGGAUGAUGAUUACGAAUCACCUAGUAAACGAAAAAAUAUGGCUGUUAAAACACCGAAAAGAAAAUAUAAUUCUCCAAGCAAAGUGCUCAGAAGUCCACAAUUGUCGGGUAAUUACUCGCCUCUUGAUAUUACUAUUACAUCUCCGAAAACUCGUAGAAGUCCUGUACGACAACACGAAUCUCCGAAAAAUAAACAAUACACACCGAUAUCCGAUAUUCCUACUUCUAUUACACCAAACCGUAAGACACGUUCGUUACGUGUGAGCUUACUUUGUGAAAAACGCCUAACAAAUUUUUCAAAGUUAGAUUUAGAAAAUAAUGUCGACACUGAUAAUGUUCAAGAGAAAUUAGUAGUUAAUGAAACAGAUAUGGCUGAAAAUAUUGAUUAUACAAGUACUGUAAAAAUUACUAAAACAACAGUUCAUGAAUCAAUAAAAGAACAUGAAAAGAAAAUGGAAAAUCCGUUGGUUAAAAAAAGCAAGGAGAUUCGUAAGAGAUUGUCUUUUUUGUAUGAAAUAGAAAAUACUCCUGCAGAAUCAGAUCACCAUAUAAGUCGAUCUGAAAACUUGAUCGCAUUUGAGCAUUCUGUUGACCAAACACACACAGAUGCAAUUGCAAUUUCUUCCAACAAUGAAAAUAGUGAUAAUAGUGUUCCAAGCAGUCAACAAACGGAGAAAAGUAGUAAUGAUAUGUCGCCCGAGAGAAACUAUGCAUCAGGCAUACGUAAUCUGGCGAAAGAAUUGAUUACAUUUCAUGAUAUUAUUCCUGAAACUGAUCUUGAUGAAGAUGAAAACGAAGUAUGUAAUACAACUUUUACCCAACAUAUCAAUGAAAAGCUAGAGAAUGACAGUCAAUGUUUUUCAUUGGAAAGAAAUAUUCAUCGAUCACGAAGAAAUGCAUUAAUUACAAUUACCACAAAGUAUAAACCUCCUAGUACUGAAAGAAUUUUAGAAAGUAUGACAUUGUACGGCAUUCCGAAAUAUAGAUCGCAAAAACCAUUUUUCGGCAACAAUAACGAUUACGCGAAACAUAAAGAAUCAUCAAACACGAAUACUCUGCGUUUCGACAUACCUACAUUUAAAUCUAGUUUAGAAGAGAUUACAAGUAUCAAGCUAUGGCGAAGAAUGAAAGUCAAUGAAUUUCAUCCCUCUGGAGCAAGUAUAAAGACUUAUCAUAUCAAACGGUCACUUGCAGGAUAUAAUCUGUUAACAAUUAAACCACUCAUGGUACCGCCAUCUUCUAAAGAUAUUAAAAAUUGGAUAAGAGCUAAAAGAUAUCUUUCAGAAAAAAAUUGUGAUAUCAAAUUAUACAAACAAAAUAAAGAAAAGGAAUUAAAUGUACACAACAUACAACAUUCGUCAAUCAAUAUUGUCAAUGAAAGAGAUGAGCCCCAGCAAAGAACAUCUAAUAAUUCAAUAAAUAACAAUUCAAACAUGGAGGAAUCUGAUUCAUUAAUGCUUCAGCAAAGUAUGCUCAGCGGAACAUCUGAUGAUACCAGGAAAUACGAGUUUACACAAAAUUCUGAUAAUUCACAAAUAUCGGGAGAUAAUCUAAAUCCUUCCUUGAAAAAAGCAUUAGAAAAUCCGUUAUUAUAUAAACAAAAUAAGAUGCAGCAGCAGCUGGGUGUCUCGUAUGGCCAGAUCGAAUGCACGGGAGGAAGCUCUAAGGGAAGCUAUGGUAAUGUCUCGAGUGAGAAUCUUCAAAAUGCUAGAGCGAUCACUGUACAUCAGUAUCUGACAUUACUAUCUCUCGAAGUACACACUGUUACUCGGGAAAAUCUUCUUCCUGAUCCACAGUAUGAUUCUAUCGCUGCAUUAUUUUAUGCGAUUUAUAAUGACGUUCCGAUGGAUACUAAUGAGCAGAUAGAACAUGGCGCUAUAAUUGUAAAUCCUAGUUCUGUAAGUACAAGACUUAAUAAGAUCCAUUCUGCGAGUGUAAUGUGUCCGAUACUAUAUGUUAUGACAGAACAAGAUAUGUUCAAUAGUCUUGUAAAAUUAAUUGAACAGUACAAUCCAGAUAUUCUAGUCGGUUGGGAAGUAGAAAUGCUUUCAUGGGGCUAUGUUUUUCAAAGAGCAUUUCAUCUUAAUCUCAAUAAUUUUCCAAUAAGAAUUUCAAAAGUUCCACAUAUACAUAUAUUUUCCAAGUCCGAUAGUCAUGUAUCUGAAAAGAAUGAUGUAAGUGAAAUAAAAGUACUUGGUCGCAAUAUCCUUGAUGUUUGGAGAAUCAUGAGGCAUGAGGCAGCACUAUUAACAUAUACCUUCGAGAAUGUUAUGCACCAUGUUUUACACGAAAGAAUUCCAUGCCCUUCUUUCAAAAUAUUGUCUACCUGGUGGAAACAUAAGAGUAUGAUAAUAAAAAGCAGAGUUAUACAUCAUUAUGUUAUUAGAGUUGUAGGCACUCUUAAGCUCUUAAAUCAUUUAGAUAUUAUAGGUCGCACAUGCGAACACGCCCGUCUCUUUGGUAUACAAUUUUACGAGGUUUUUUCACGAGGUUCACAAUUUCGCGUCGAGUCCAUGAUGCUAAGAUUAGCAAAACCCAUGAAUUAUAUUCCAAUCUCACCAUCCAUGCAUCAAAGAGCCAAAAUGCGAGCGCCGGAGUGUCUACCGUUGAUUAUGGAACCCGAAUCUGAAUUUUAUACUGAUCCAUUGAUUGUACUCGAUUUCCAGAGCUUGUAUCCAAGUAUGAUUAUUGCUUACAAUUACUGUUUCUCUACCUGUUUAGGAAGAAUAGAACACAUAGGCCAAUACGGUCCAUUCGAGUUCGGUGCAGCGACGUUAAGGAUAAGAAAGAAUACUGCAUUAAAGUUGCAAGACAAAAUAAAUUUUUCACCUUGUGGUGUAGCGUUUGUGAAGAAAGAAGUACGUCAGGGAAUAUUACCGCGUAUGCUGGCGGAAAUUUUAAAUACUCGUUUGAUGGUAAAGGAAUCUAUGAAGUUACAUCCAGCAGAAAAUCGCACAUUGCACCGUGUUCUUCAUUCGCAACAAUUGGGCCUCAAGUUAAUCGCGAAUGUCACUUAUGGUUAUACAUCCGCAAAUUUUAGUGGCAGAAUGCCAUGUAUUGAGAUAGGCGACAGUGUUGUCAGCAAAGGACGAGAGACAUUGGAACGAGCGAUCAAGCUAGUAGAAUCUACUCCAAAAUGGGGCGCUCGAGUAGUUUACGGAGAUACAGAUUCUUUAUUUGUGUUAUUAGCUGGAAAAUCUCGAGAAGAGGCGUUUGCUAUCGGCGAAGAAAUCGCGGAUGCUGUAACCGCGAUUAAUCCCCCGCCUGUUAAACUUAAAUUUGAGAAAGUUCUUUAUCCCUCUAUUUUACAAACGAAAAAACGAUAUUGCGGAUACAUGUACGAGACGCGCGAUCAGGAGAAGCCCGAGUUUCUAGCGAAAGGAAUUGAGACUGUUCGCAGAGACGGAUGUCCUGCAGUUUCGAAAAUACUCGAGAAAGCCCUGAAGAUUUUAUUCGAUACAAAGGAUAUUUCUCUAGUAAAGCUAUACGUUAUCAGACAAUUCGAUAAGAUCUUUCAGCGACGCGUGUCCAUACAAGAUUUGACAUUUGCGAAAGAAUUUCGCGGGAUGCGCGGAUAUAAGCCAUCCGCUUGCGUGCCGGCGCUAGAAUUGACGCGCAGAUUGAUCAGGAAAGAUCCACGCGCCGUGCCACGCAUCAGCGAGCGCGUUCGAUAUAUCAUCGUUGCUGGUGCACCGAAUCAGCCGCUCAUCCAUUGCGUGCGUACGCCGAUGGAAGUUAUCAUCGAUCCAGGGUUAAUUCCAAAUUCCGUGUACUAUAUAACUAAAGUCAUCAUACCGCCCCUCAAUCGCUGUUUCAAUCUAUUCGGAAUCGACCUCAAUGUAUGGUAUAGAGAAAUAUCUCACCGCACCAGUUUCAGUAAUAUUGUACGCUUAGGAGAAGACAAUUCGAAAUCUACUAUUCGUCAGUUCUUCAAUUCUAUUACAUGCAUUACUUGCGGAGAACAAACCAAUAAAGAAGUUUGUCCAGAAUGCCUUUCACAACCAAGCCGAACAAUUCUUGUACUUCUUCAGAAGAUAAGGCAACUGGAAAGAAAUCAACAACAAAUAGCUGCUAUUUGUCAUUCCUGUAUUGGGCGAUUAGGUGAUAUAGAAUGCUCAUCUUUGGAUUGCCCUAUUCUAUACCGAAUGGCUCAAGCUCGCAAAGAGCUUACGCAAGUUUCUUACAUAAAUAACAUUAUUUAUGGAAAUAAUUCAAAUGGAAUCGAAGAUUUGAAUGCAGUUGCUGAAUGGUAUUCAUGUCUUCGUCUGUUCGCACUGUUAAAUAACCAUUGCACAUCAAACUGCUGUUACAUCCGUAAAACUGCUAACAAAUGGUUUAGCGAUCGUUUGUCAUGGCAUAUCGAGCCCACAUCUUGCAAAUUGGGUGCUCGCGGUUUGCGAUUUGCUAUCAUUUCAAAAGAUUCCCAUUCUUCAAUCUUGAUCGAGCUUUUUGCGAUCUUCUGUCAUUCAGGCAUAAUGUCCGCCAGGGGCAACUCCUCUCGCAAGGUCUGUUGUUUUUGCAACUUAACAGAGAACAAUGAACUGGAGUACGGCAGAUUUCAUGAAUAUAAUGGAAUUGUUACACAUUAUUAUUGCUUGCUUCUUUCUUCAAACAUGGAACAGAAAGGAAAGGACGACGAGGGUAUACUUGGAUUUCUAACAGAAGAUAUACAAAAGGAACUUCGCAGAGGAAAAAGAUUGGCAUGUUCGUAUUGCAAAAAGAUUGGUGCUACUUUAGGCUGCUGUAAUGUAAAGUGUAAACGAAUAUUUCAUUUUCCUUGUGGUUUGAAGGCUGGUUCAUUACAUCAAUAUUUCGGAGAAUUUAGAUCAUAUUGUAUAAAUCAUAGACCAAAGCAACGAAUCGAUGAACAUAUUUUAAAGCAGAUUAGCUCAUUAGAUAAUAUAUUAUGUUGUAUAUGUUACGACAAGAUAAACCCCACUGAUUUUGUAAAAACCUUAUGGGCCCCCUGUUGUAAAAAAAAUGCAUUCUUUCAUCGUAAAUGUGUUCAGCAACUUGCUUUAAGUGCGGGAUAUUUCUUCAAAUGUCCUCUUUGUAACAAUAAACAGGAUUUCCGUAAUGCUAUGUUGGAAUACGGCAUUUUUAUCCCGAGUCAGGAUGCGUCUUGGGAAUUGGUACCAAAUGCAUUUGAAGAGCUUUUGUAUAGACAUGAUCAGUGUGAUGCAGUAAAAUGUCUUUGUCCAAAGGGAAGAAAACAUGUUAGCAGUAAUGCUAAAUGGGAAUUGACGUUAUGUCGGACUUGUGGAUCGCAAGGUAUUCACAUGGCAUGUGGGCAAUUAAAAUGGGCUAAUCCUAUAUGGGAAUGCACUGAAUGUACUUCCAUAUUACAUAACACUAAAAAUAAUGGAGAUGCGGAAUCAGAGAACAGUUCUGAUAGUUUGAGUAGAGAUUCUAAUUUAGACUCAAAUAGUGAUACAGACAUUUCUGUGGGAAUGGAGUUUCCUGUGCCAUGUGCAUCACCCAGUUUUAGUUCUAGUUCAUCUGCGUUAUCCUUGUCGGAUAUCGGAACGGAUAUUAGAAUACGCCCUGGACCACGCUCUUUUAAGUUGCAGCAGCAAAUGAUUAAAUGGUUGGAAUUUACACAUGAUGCUUUUCAGAAGGAUGUAACUGCUGAACUUAAUCAAGAUACCAAUGCAUCAUCAAAGAAUGACGAUGAAGAAAAAUCUUUGAGAAAUAACGAAAAUAAUACUCGGAAAGAAAGACAGAUGUCUAGCAAUGACAUAACAUCUCAACCGAUUCGAAAGGAAACGGAUAUUAUCACAAUUGAGAGCGAUGACGAUAAUGAAGUAGAAAUUAUUACAUUAAAACGAAGAACAGAUCGUUUAACUCCACUGCAAUCGACAUCUCAAUUAAGUAUACCUCAUAUAUCAUCAUCAAAGAAUAUUAUAAAGUCACAGUUAAACACAAUAGAAAAUUUAACAACUACAUGUUCAAACGCAACAUCGACUAAUUUAUUGGAAAAAAAUUAUAUUGAGCUACAUAAAUCUGUCGCAUCAAAACAAAACAUUUCAAACAAAAGUGAAUCUACCACUGAACUAUUUGAGGCAGCUACAUUGCGAGAAUCCACGCCAGAUCUUUUCAUUUCAAAUGAUAAUAAUUUGGAUAACUUGGACACAGAGAAUAUAAGCAGAAGUCCUAUUAUGAAUAUUAAAAUUACUAACGUUACUUCUCUACCGCCCGAAGUGUUCGAAAGUGUACCUGACGUCGCGUUACAUGAGAAUUCUAUCGAUAUCGCGUCUCCUUCGACAAGUAAAUCGUUGGAGAAACUCGUCACGUACAUCGCGCCUCCAAAACGCAUAUACGAAGAAGCAAACAGUGUUACCAGUAAUUGUAAAAAAAUCAAAGGAGAUAAUUGUGACAAAAAGUCUUGGGAAAAGAAUUCAAUACAAUUAACUAAUUUACUCGAUGUUGUUACAACUAAUGCGAGCAAACAGCAAAAUGAAAAGAUAUCUCCAAGCAAGACCAAUGAGAUUCAUGAAAAUAACAAUCUCUUGAAAUGUACAUCUGAACUUUUAAACGAAUCUUCCAAUUUAUCUAAUUCAUCCAAUUUAUAUAAUCAAAAGGAGUUGUCUACCCAACUCAUAUCAUUUCGUAAGGAGAAUGAUGUAAAACGUACGAAUCAAGUCACAGGAAAUUAUUCGGAAGGAAACGGAUCAUCACUUAAUGUACAACAGAGUAACGAAAAUUCUGGAAAAGCGAGGAAGACAUACUUGCCCAGUAGCAAACGCAAAAAUCAACUUUACUUGUCAUUGGAAAAGUUUUAUCCCACAUUAAUGCCAGACUCGAAUCUUACAAUUAAUCAAGAUGCAGAAAUCAAUAGAAAUAUGCUCCAUACAUUAUCGAACAUCAUUCUGCCAAAUGAUUUCCCAACUGUAAGCCGAUCGGUGGUGAGAGCAUUUAAUGCAAAUGUGCCCGUUGUUGCAAACGACAAUCAGACAAAAAUGUUAGAUAAGAAGAAUACUGCCUUGAUGAAGGAAAAAAUAUUUACUAAUGUAUCCAGUCCUGGCGAUAGUUUUUCAAACAACAUACUUUGUGACGGGGAUGCAGGCACCUGCCCUGCUGAGAUUGACUCAACCGGCCGAAAGAAGACAGAUCCAUCAAGUGAAUCCUGUGGGAGUGCGGACAGCAGCGAAGCCAUUGAAUCGCACAAUCCUGUCGCGACCAACAGCGUCUUCCCCCGAGUCACAAAUAACUAUAGCACCUGUCAUCAACCUAGAUUGAUACCGCAGUAUAUGAAUUUACAUGAUCUGAAGUUUCGAGUCUGCAAACCAGACAAUGUUCAGAUGGUUUUGUAUGAUACUUUCUCUGUAAAUAUACCGAUAAAAAAUUCCAAGGAGAGCAAGAUUCAAUCGAACAUAGCUGCACAACGGGAAUCGAAAGGAUUGUCCUAUCAUGCAUCAGGUGAAGCUUCGUCCAGUAUAGAGUACAUCGAUGGUAUCCAAACUGCAGAACAACGAUUCUUCAAGUUGUUUCGCUCUUCGAAAAAUGAGAACUUGAAUCAUGAUAAGACCAAGUACAUAGUACAUGGUCAGGACGAUACAAAAGAGAAUUUAGAUCCUGUUAGAUCGAAAAUGCUUUCGUGUAACGAUAUAUUUGAUAAUAGUUUAGUGAAUGACAUUUGUGACACAGUGACCGUUCAUGAUUCUCUUUGUGGUGAAAUGGAUAAUGAGAUGCAUCUUGUUUCGAACGAUACUAAUUUAAAUACAUUAAAUCCAACAAUUUGUAAUAAGAAUGUAGAGGAUAGUGUAAUGGAUGGCGUAACGUUCGUUUCGAAUGAUCGCAAACAAACCUUGCAAGUCAAUUGGGAAGAUGUACAGCAGCAUAAACAAGUAUCUAUAUACAAUAUGACGCCUGCGUCUACAGAAGAGAAAAUUGCUCGAUCUUUUUGUAAAGAGACUAGCAGCAUAGUACACAAAGUUGAUUUUGAUUUUAAUAUUGUUAAAACGAAUAAAAAUAUUGAGAAAAUAUUGCAGGAUGAUAUCACUGUUUCUACAAAUCGAUAUAAUAGGGAUAGCAAUAGAAAAAUUGGAAACGAUCAUACAGACGAUUCUCAGACGAUGUUACUAGUUAAUAGUUAUAAACAUUUAGACAAUACAAACGUCAUGAGACCAAAAGUUGCAAAUUGGAGUGCCACCCGUGUUUCGAACAUUAUGUUUAAUGAGCAUUUUAUAAAUAAGCAAAUUGAUACAUCCGAUUCCGUAAAGUUUAUUCGAUGCUUGACAUUUAAUGAAAAUAUUGUAAAUCGUAAUAGUGAAAACAAUUUCAGAUAUAAUAAUAGCGAGUCUUUUCUCAAAGUUAGUAUAGAUUUAUGUAAAAUACAAAGUCUGAUCGACUCUAAGCCGGAAUUAUUUGUAAAUCAGAAAAGCAAUGUUGAUGAUAAGCGGCGUAAAUGCACAAGUUGAUUAUAUGGCCAAGAAGAUUAUCAACAACAGGUAAGAUAUGAUAUCGAGAACAGUGAUAUUAAUCAAUAUCCACCAAAAAAUAGUGAGUUACAGAUGUCAGGAAAUUGCAUAAGUAACAUGAGGCAAAUGUAGAUGCGAAAUAUUGUUCCCAUUGCGAAUACAUUCGUGCGAAAUCAGAAGCCAAAACGUGGGAUUAAAUAUUUCGAUAAACAUAUUUUAAAUAGAUAGAUAAAAUAAAGAAUACUCUGUAUGAUAAAGAAAUAUAAAUAGCAUGGCAGAAAAAAUAAUGAUUCAUGUCCACUAAUAUUUUAUACAAAAUGUGUUGUGAUUUUAUACAAAACUGGAAAAUACUUAUUAAUGUGUAAUUUUAUUUUUUCCUUUUCUCAAACAAUGAAUAAAUUUCUGUUCGCGCACGUCUUCAAAUUGUAACAUAUAAUUGUAUAUAGUAAAAUUUUAUAUAAAGUAAACAAUUUUAUAUAGUUAUUUUCUAUACUAUACUGAUAUAAUAA